CCGCGAGAACCUGUGGGGCUUCAUCACCCGGCAGAAGGGCUUCUGCUCCGCCGAGCCGGCCGAGGUGUGCGCGGCCCUGCGCAAGGGCUUCGUCGCCUGCCACCGGGCCAUGUGGAAGAAGCUGCAUAACUCGGUCUGCUUUCUGAUCCGGGUCUGCGCUCGCCGCUGCCUGCGGUUCGGCCCGUCCGGUGCCGACGGAAGAAUUCAAAACAUGGGCUGAUGCUGGACGAUGGUGAUUGAUGACUGAUUUUGACCAGCUGGAAACAGGCCACGCACCACCGGAAACAUACAGUGCAGUCCCUGAGGACUGUAGAGGCUGGCUGGUUAAAUUCAUUGUGGCCCAACGGAAUGGCCGAAGACCAUGACUGGACUCCCAAGUACCUCUGGAACUACUGCCAGCGUGGUAAUUAUCCGUGGGUCAAAGAUGUAUGUGGCUCAUGUUGGCGAUUCAGGAGUGGUUCUGGGAGUCCAGGAUGACCCCAAAGACGACUUCAUUCGGGCUGUGGAGGUGACGCAGGAUCACAAGCCUGAACUUCCGAAGGAAAGAGAGAGAAUCGAAGGACUUGGGGGCAGUGUGAUCAAUAAGUCUGGUGUGAAUCGGGUCGUCUGGAAGAGACCUCGGCUGACUCACAAUGGGCCCGUGCGCAGGAGCACCGUCAUCGACCAGAUUCCAUUCCUGGCAGUGGCACGAGCACUUGGUGAUCUGUGGAGUUACGACUUCUACAGUGGUGAAUUUGUUGUGUCUCCUGAGCCAGACACAAGUGUCCACACGAUUGAUCCGCAGAAACACAAAUACAUUAUUCUAGGCAGCGAUGGACUGUGGAACAUGAUCCCACCGCAGGAUGCCAUUUCUAUGUGCCAGGACCAUGAGGAGAAAAAUUACUUUAUGGGAGAGCACAGGCAGUCUUGUGCCAAAAUGCUGGUGAACAGAGCAUUGGGCCGGUGGAGGCAGCGCAUGCUUCGUGCAGAUAACACUAGUGCCAUCGUAAUUUGCAUCUCGCCAUUACAGCAGAAUAAGAGCAACUUGGAAAAUGAAGAAGAAUUGUAUCUCAACUUGUCAGAGAGCCCCCGCUAUAGCAGUCCUGAUAUGUGUGUGAUGACGCCUUCCCGCUGCUGCACCCCUCCAGUCAAGCUUUUAGAUGAGGAUCCAUGGCCACGACUGAACUCCCCUGAGUCUGUUCCCUCCCUCAUACAUAGUAACAUGAUCUUAGAUAAAUAUUCUGAGCUGACCAGUGAGAUUGCCAGAAGCAGUCUACCAUCAGUGGUAGCAUCCUCUAAGGAUCCAGGCCUGCAGGAGGAGAACUGCAGCAAAGCGCUAGCUUUGAGGAUACAUGAAUCUUACAGCAAUGGCUUGUCGGUUACCCUCUCACCUUCCAAUUCAGCAAACUCAAGCACGGACCAAAAAAGCUUCAAGGUGUCUCCUAACAGUCAGACAAAAGCCCAAGAAACAGAGAGGACACCCCCAGCAAACUUUAAAAGGACAUUAGAAGAAUCCAAUUCUGGCCCGGCUGUGAAGAAGCCAAGGCGUACCCUGAGUCGCAGCAUUGCUGUCCAACCAGAAGGCCUGUCCACAACUCCCCAGCGCAAAAACUCGAACAAGCUCACCAUGCGGCGAAGCCUACGGGGCCAGAAGAAGCUUGGUAACUCACUGUUCCACCAGCCGAGAAAAGCAGUAUGCGUUUGCUGAAGGGUAUGUAUGUAAUGGAGCAUAUUUUGGUCUGAUUAGAAUUUAGAAGUUGUUGCAAAAGUUUGAAACUCUUCCUCUUUUUUUUAAGUAGGAAACUUUUUUUUUUUUUUUUUUGGUAUCAAACAGCUUUAUCCCAGCCUUGUACUUGCUUGUAUUAUAACUGUGAAUUUUGUAGAUGUGUAGGGUAUCAAGUCACUGUAAAAUGUGUGUAAAUUUGUAUUCCUUCAUACAAAUGUAGUCUUUUUUUCCUUUGUAUAAUUUUUACAACAGGGCUAAACCUUGUUUUAAAAAAAUCUAAUCUUUUUUGUUAAUUUACUCAAGUCAUGAAUUUGUAUAAGCUUCUUGUGAUGAGGAUUUCACAACUUUUUACCUAAAGUAAAUUAUUAAACAAAAUGGAAGAGAUGUAUUUUCGUAGUAUUAUACGUUCUACCCAAAGUGUGUCUUCUAGAGAAUACACUAGGUCUAUUUUUUGUUUUUAAAGUUUAGAUUUCUCUACUCAGAAAUGAAAUGUAUGUGGAAGCAGAGAUGUUGAGUCUUGCUUUACACAGCUCAGUGUCAAUUUCUUUAUCUUAAUUAAAAUACUAUGCAGUAUCUUAUUCAGUUGUAUCUUUUGUAACCUUAAUCGUCAAAAGUAUUUAGCAAAAAAGUGUCUCUUAUAUUUUCCAAGAAACCUAAGCCCCCAAACUGUCCUACAAAAAAGCAUUUCCAUUCUCCUGGAAGGACUGAUGACAUCUUUACGCAGACAGUAUAUCCCUUUCAAAUGUGUGCCUCAAAGGCAUGACAUUUCUGCCAUUUCAGUAACUAGUGGUGCUGCUAAUAUUAUUCCAACCUAAAUUCUUAAAUUAUUUUAUGAUUUACAGGUUUUAUGGCAUAUGUAGACCACAUGUAUGUUCACCUAAAUAAAACAAGUGAAAA